AGAACCGGGACGUGGUCAAUUAGUUCUCCCGAAGAAAGAAAGAAAGAGAGAAUCUUCUUGUUUCAUUACAUGAAUGAACACUUUCUUCUUCUUGGUUGGGGAUCUAAAAUCUCGGUGUCCUUCCUUCUUUUUGUUUAGAAUUCACAAAAUGAUUGAUGAAAUGUUUAUGCUUUAGAUGGAGUUAGUUCAGUGUGCAAAUAUAUUUGUGGUGGAAUCAAGCCAGUGAAGAUAUUGUCCUUCUUCUUCUUCUUCUUCUCUAGGGUUUUCCAGAUUCGAAACCAAACAAAAAAAUGUUGUGUCGGAGAUUGGUGCUUGAGCCUCGUAUCACCCUCAGUCCAGGAGGUACUCUUGCAACUCAUUUGCUCUCUUGUUUCCUUCCCUCAUGCGAACGAGCCUUUUCUUUUGGUAGCGAUAGAAAUCUCUCUUACAGAGAGAGACUGAGAAGUGGAAUUGUUGGUAUCAAGAAAGAUGAUGCUGUUGCUAUGUUUCAGUCCAUGAUUCGGUCUCGUCCUCUUCCUACGGUCAUAGACUUCAAUCAGCUGUUUACUGCAGUUGCCAAAACAAAACAGUAUGAUCUCGUUUUAGCUCUCUCCAAUGAAAUGGAGUUUCAAGGGAUUGCACAUGACCUCUACACGCUGAGUAUCGUCAUCAAUUGCUUAUGCCGGCGUCGUCGACUCGGUUUUGCUUUUUCUGUGAUGGGGAAGAUGUUGAAACUUGGGUAUGAGCCUAACACUGUCACAUUCUCAACUUUGAUCAACGGUUUAUGUCUCGAGGGCCGAGUUUCCGAAGCUGUGGAGUUAGUUGAUCGUAUGGUAGAGAUGAAGGUUAUUCCAGAUCUCAUCAUACUUAACACUCUUGUCAAUGGACUUUGUCUUCAAAGUAAAGUGUCUGAAGCUAUGGCUUUGAUUGAUCGAAUGAUGGCUAAUGGAUGCCAACCCAAUGAAGUUACCUAUGGUCCUAUUUUAAACAGAAUGUGCAAGUCAGGGAACACUGCCUUGGCUUUCGAUCUGUUCAGAAAGAUGGAAGAUAGAAAGAUCAAGCUUGAUGCAGUCAUAUACAAUAUCAUCAUAGAUGGUCUUUGCAAAGACGGAAGCCUUGAAGAUGCCCUCAACUUUUUCAAUGAAAUGGAAACCAAAGGGAUCAAAGCAGAUGUCUGUACCUACAACUCUCUCAUAGGAGGCUUCUGUAGUUUUGGUAGAUGGGAUGAUGGUGCACAGCUGCUGAAGGAUAUGAUCACUAGGGAAAUCACCCCGGACGUCUUCACUUUCAAUACUUUGAUUGAUAGUUUUGUGAAAGAAGGAAAGCUUACCGAGGCUAAAGAGCUGUACAAUGAGAUGAUCACAAGAGGGAUAGAUCCUACUACCAUUACGUAUAAUUCUUUAAUAUAUGGGUUGUGCAUGGAGAACAACACCCUAGGUGAAGCCAACCAGAUGCUGGAACUGAUGGUUACCAGGGGAUGCGAUCCUGAUGUUGUGACGUUUAAUACCCUUAUAAACGGAUACUGUAAGUCUAAACGAGUUGAUGAUGGUAUGAGACUUUUCCGCAAUAUGUCUCUGAGAGGGGUGAUUGCCAAUACAGUCACUUAUAGUACUCUCAUCCAAGGCUUUUGUCAAUCUGGAAAACUCGAUGUUGCCAAAGAACUCUUCCAAGAGAUGGUUUCUCAAGGUGCUCAUCCUGAUAUUGUGACCUACAAAAUUUUGCUGGAUGGGUUGUGUGACAAUGGAGAACUAGAAGAGGCAUUGGGAAUACUUGACAAAAUGCACAAGAGUAAGAUGGAACUUGAUAUUGGUAUGUAUAAUAUCAUCAUUCACGGUAUGUGCAAUGAAAGUAAGGUCGAUGAAGCUUGGGAGUUAUUCUGUAGCCUACCUUCGAAAGGAGUGAAGCCUGAUGUGAAAACAUAUACUACAAUGAUAGGAGGACUAUGUAGGAAAAGCUCGCUAUCUGAAGCGGAUAUGUUGUUUACAAAGAUGAAAGAGGAUGGGAUUGCGCCAAAUGAUUGUACGUACAACACACUAAUCCGAGCUCAUCUCCGAGGCGGUGACAUAAGCAAUUCAGUUGAACUCAUCGAAGAAAUGAAGAGGUGUGGCUUUGCUGCACAUGCUUCCACCAUGAAGAUGGUUAUGGAUAUGUUAGUGGAUGGUAGAUUGGACAGAAGCUUUCUAGACAUGCUUUCUUAAAUGCUUCAUCUAACUAAGUGCCGAAACUGAACUUGUAGAGACUUCUCCAUGAACUGCGAUUGUCUCGUUCAGUCAAGUGGUUCUCCACUGAACUUAUUUUGCAGAUCUUUCUCAUAAGUUAGUCGGAAUGCGAAUUGGUCACGGAGAACUAGCCGAGAACCUUGGAUACUAAGAUGCUCCGAGUAUGGUAUUAUCGCAGGAAUUGUGAUCACAAAUAUGGUACAUAAGAAUUUUUUCCCGUGUGGCCGACCAUUGAUACGAUGAAUGUUCUUGUGUUAUCCAUGACCUGUUAGUAUUUGAUUUUUUCUCAAA